AUGUUCACUCAGAAUUACCAGCACAUCCUGGCCUUGGAAUUUGCUGUGAAGCAUCUUGGUGAGAAUCCCCAAAUCUUAUUCAAUGUCAGUUUGGGCUUCCAUAUCUUAAACAGCUAUUUUUUGGCAAGGUGGACCUAUCUUGCUUCCAUGGAACUUCUAUCCACUCAGGACAAGUUCAACCCUAACUACAAAUGUGAUAUUCAGAAUAGGAUUGUGGGAGCCAUUGGGGGACCUACUUCUGAAGUCUGUCUCCAUAUGACAAACCUUUUGAGCACCUACAAGAUUCCACAGCUCCACAAGUUUAUAAGAAAUACUUUCUUUAAAAACAGUGCUGGAGAAAAUAUUUCCUUUGAUGACAAAGGCCAUUUAAUUUCUGGAUUUGAUAUUUUUAACUGGGUCACAUAUGAAAAUAAUACAUUUACAAAAGUCAAAGUUGGAUGGGUAGACCCAAACCCUUCUUCUUCUAAAUCUCUCACUAUUCAUGAGGACUCCAUUGUAUGGCCGACAAGACUUAACCAGAAAAGACCCCAAUCCCUAUGUAAUGACUAUUGUCAUUCUGGUUCAAGUAAGGUAAAAAUAGAAGGAAAGCCAUUUUGCUGCUAUGACUGCUUUUCAUGUCCAGAAGGGAAGAUUACAAAUCAGAAAGACAUGGAUGAUUGUUUGCCAUGCCUAGAAGGAGAGUAUCCAAACAACAACCAUGAUUCAUGCCUCCCAAAACAGAUAGUUUUCCUGUCUUAUGAAGAUCUAUUAGGGACUAGUUUGGCCACUACUGCACUCAUCUUUGCUUGCAUUGCCACGGUAGUACUUGGAAUCUUCAUCAAAUACCAGGACACUCCCAUAGUCAAGGCCAAUAAUCGGAACAUUACCUACCUUCUCCUCACCUCCCUUGUGCUCUCAUUCUUUUGCAGUUUAUUAUUCAUUGGACAACCUGAAAAGGUGACUUGUCUUUUGCGACAAACUGCUUUUGGAAUCAUCUUCUCAGUAGCCAUUUCUUGUGUAUUGGCCAAAACCAUCAUUGUGAUUUUAGCUUUCAUGGCUUCAGUGCCAGGAUCCAAGAUGAGGCGAUGGCUGGGCAAACAGUUAGAUAAUUACAUUGUCAUUUCCUGCUCCCUCAUUCAAGUUGUUGUUUGUACCAUAUGGCUUAUAACCUCACCCCCAUAUCCAGAUGCUGAUCUGAAUGUAGCGGCAGAUGAAAUAUUCCUAGAAUGUAAUGAAGGCUCCACUGUCAUGUUUUAUUGUGUCUUGUUAUACCUGCUUUUCCUUGCCAUUGUUGGUUUCUGUGUGGCUUUUCAAGGUCGGCAUUUACCAGAUAGUUUUAAUGAGACCAAAUUCAUUUUCUUCAGCCUGUUGUGUUUUUGCAGUGUCUGGUUGUCCUUUUUUCCAACCUAUCUGAGCACCAAAGGGAAAUACAUGGUAGCUGUGGAGAUCUUUUCCAUAUUGUCAUCUAGUAUAGGACUACUAGGUUGCAUAUUUUUUCCCAAAUGCUUUGUCAUUCUACUGAGACCUGAUUUGAAUACUAAAAAACAAUUAAUGAGAGCUUGCACUUUGGAAUGA